CUCGUCCUGCAGGUCGAGUCCCACUUCUGGAUUGGACGGACACUUUGACGUGUUUCACCGAGACCUCUUCAUAUGUGGGUGGCGGUCGGACCCCCGCGGAGAGAAGCAGGAGCGAGACCCUCAGAGACACAGAGGAGACGGAGAAACUCAGACCACCACAACUCACGCGUCCUGACACCAUGAAGUCUUCCUUCUGCAGCUUGCUGUGCAGCGCUGCUCUGCUGCUGUCCGACGUCCUGGCCACGUACCACCAACACCACCACCUCAGCCCGGGGGACCCCCGGCUCAUAGCUGCACAGAGCUAUGCUCAGACCAGAAAUAAUGGAAGACCACCAACCAGGACCCUGAAUCCAGCAAAGACAGACUCUCAGUGCAGGAGCCGUCCCCUGGACCUGGUCUUCAUCAUUGACAGCUCUCGCAGCGUGCGCCCUGGUGAGUUUGAGAAGGUCAAGAUAUUCCUGGCCAACAUGGUCGACACGCUCGACGUGGGCUCGGACGCCACCAGAGUGGCGGUGGUCAACUACGCCAGCACGGUCAAAAUCGAGUUCCUCCUCAAAGACCACUUCAGCAAACCCGACCUGAAGAAAGCCAUCUCCCGGAUCGAGCCCCUGGCGGCCGGCACCAUGACGGGCCUCGCCAUCAAGACCGCCAUGAACGAAGCCUUCACCGAGCAGUCCGGGGCCCGGCCUCGCUCCAGGAAAAUCUCCAAGGUGGGCAUCAUCGUGACGGACGGGAGGCCUCAGGACCAGGUCGAAGAGGUGUCUGCCGCGGCGAGGGCCACGGGCAUCGAGAUCUACGCCGUCGGCGUGGACCGCGCUGACAUGACCUCCCUGCAGCAGAUGGCCAGCAUCCCUCUGGAGGACCACGUCUUCUAUGUGGAGACCUACGGCGUCAUCGAGAAGCUCACCUCCAAGUUCAGGGAGACCCUCUGCGGUCUGGACCCCUGUGCCAUGGGACAUGACUGCGAACACAUUUGUGUCAACAGCAACGCCUCCUAUUACUGCAAGUGCCGGAACGGUUAUAUCUUGAAUGCGGACAAGAAAACAUGUGCCCUGAAACAGGUGAAGGUGGAGGUGGUGGAGGACCCCUGUAAGUGCGAGGCCAGGCUGGCUUUCCAGAAGCAGACGCAGGCGGCCAUCCAGCAGCUCACGGCCAAGCUGGCCGCCGUGUCUGGGAGAAUAGAGCGUCUGGAGAACAUGGUGGGCCGAGUGUGAACUCGACCGAAACGCAGCUAUGAGGUCGGCUAGUUUCCUUCGCCCGGAUUGCCCGCGACACUGACGUCCGCCCUCCCGUAGCUACUGUACAGGCUCCAAGCAGAGACGGAGCCGAGCUGUGAUUCAUGAACUCAGGACUGUUGAGCAAAAAUAUCUGCAAAUACACUUUUAUUAUGAUAUUUUUUAAGAGCUGCAAAUUCUACUUAUGCUAUGUCCUGGAUUAUAUACAUUUUUGUACAAAGAUGGAUACUGUAUAUAACAGUUUUUGUAGUAAAACGGCCUAUUAAUAUUAUUACUCUUUUAGUAGUAGUUUUAGAGUUUUUUUUUUAAAAAACAUAUUUUCUUUAUAGUAACCUGUACGUUACCGUGUGUGUAUCUAAGUCUGUAUUGUAUUUUAAGGUUAAUAAAUGUUCAUCUUCUG